AUGCUGUACACUCAUCUUGUCAUCCUCCUCUUGUUCUGCUUGCUUGAGCCUGAGGAUCCUCUGACUCACCCUCCGUUCUUCGGCAUGCCUACGCGACAAUUCCCUGAAGACGUCAUCCAAAGCUUGUCUCGUUUAAUCUUCGCUUGCGUCCUUCCUGGACAUACAACUCUACAGCUCUGUGAUCCUGAAUCUGGGGACAUCUGCGACUAUCAGCUUGUGAAGUACUCACCUGCUCAGGUCUCUGAGGAAAUCUUACCGUCUUCGGCUCUGAACAAGAUCUCGCUUUCACUGGCUAUGUUGGACGACCUUGUGGAUGGGUUGCAAUCUGCUAUCAGGAACAACUGUGACACUGCAGACUUUGAUUCAGUAAGGCCGAUUGGGCGAACCCAAACUCCUGCCAAGACCAUCUCCACCGUGGCCCACUUGAGCGACUCACUCUUCACCUCCGACGAUCUCGAUACAUCCAGGCCGCUUUCUGAACUAUGCCGCACUAUGUUCUAUAGCGACCCGAGCAAAGGUCAAUGUGCUAUCUCCCCUCUUCCCCCAAUCUCUCCGACGCCCCACCGAUAUAGUUCUACUCUCUGGCUGAACGACGAGUCCACCCCUUCCGAUGCCGACCCCUCAACCACCUCGAUCACGGGUACUAUCGCUACAAUAGACGAAGAACGGGAUGAGGUGGAAGACUCCUGGUCCACCUAUGAGUCAGCUGACGCCUUCUUGGACUGUAGCCCGGUCUCGGCGAUGUUGGAGAUCUCGUCUUCCGCAUUGUGUGGUCUAGCACACCUUCCUAGUGACAGCGACAUAUUCGCUCCCGACCAUGGCACGUCGUCCUCUGGCAAUGAUCGUCAAAGCAACUUCUCGGCGAGAGGCUCCACUGGUAGCGCCUCAUCAAGCGACUCUUCCUUCGGGUCUCUUAGGGUCAAUGCGUUCGUGAGCUCAUUCAAACAUCCCAGCGACUUCCGCAUAAUCCAUUCUCCCAAUCCUGCUGCAACGUCCACCCCCAUGAGGACCGCCAUGCGUCGCGCCCUCGCUGUCAUGGUCAUGCAUCGCGACAGCCCCCAAGCACGUCCGCCGGCCGCCCAGCCGAGGGAAAGGAGUCGCGAUGCGUCCUCUCCAUUGUCUCGCUCCGAACUUAUCAGCCUGCCUCCGCAGAAGGCGGCGGAGCGGAUCAUGGCGACUGUGAAGGCGCGCGAAGAAGAACGCACCCGCGCGUGGGCGGCGAUGGAGGAGAGGUCUAGGCAGUUUUGA